UUAACCAACGGUAUUGCAAUCAGCAUGGCUCGGGCACUGGAGUGGUUCCUGCAUAUUCGCCUGAAAUGGGGGAUGAUCUUGCGUUUUAUACAAGGGUGACACUUGACCAUAUUAUGAAUGAGAUAUGCAAACAAUCCGAUUGCUUUAAGUUUAUUAAUCAGAACAGAAGUUCUGAAGACCCAGCCAUAAAUUCGCUUGAAGAAUGUACGCUAGAACUAGGUCGCCUUAGAAAACUAGUAACCCAACUAACGGAUUCUUGUCAGGCCGUCAAAAAUGAAAAAAACGAAACCACGUAUUCAAUAGAGAAAUACAAUCAAGAGAUAGAACAAUUAAAUGAUCUUCUAAAACAAAAAGAUGAGCAAUUGGAAGUACUAAUUGAGGAAAAUGACUGUCUGUGCGUGGCAGCUGAAAUAAGCAAAAAGAAGCUCGAUGAUUUGGAUUAUCAAGUUCAGAAACUAGACGAAGAUACUAGACACAUGGAGCAAGGAAUUGUUGAGAGCAUUGGACUUAUUCAAGACAUCGGUGAUGUAUCGCAUGAAAACGAGUUGCUAAAAGGGAAAAUAAGCCAACUGGAAGAUGGCGAGGCCCGUCAACUUAUUAAUGACCUUUCCAAACAAUUGGAAGAUUGCAGGGAGCAAUCACGCCUAAUUAGGGAAAUUAAUGAGGAAAUGGGGAAGACUUUGCAGAAGUUAGGAAUAAAUCCAAAAGAAAUUGAAAACAAAAUAAAAGUAAUAGAAAGUUCAAAGCGAGAACUCUUCGAUAAGGAUCUCUCUGGAAUGGAACCACCUCAACAACUUAAAGAACCUUUUGGCUCAAUAAAAGAAUCAGACAAAGAUUUAGAAAGAACACUUUUUCCUCCUUCGGGAUUUAGUGGCGUAUACGAAGCACAAAACAAUGAUAUCAAAGAACCGAAAACUAAUUCAUUGGAAGUGUCUACUGAUUGGCCAAAUAAAGGAGCCGGACUUGAAACAGACCGCGAAGCCAAAAAUAGUCCUCCAUCCGGUACAGCGAAUGGUGUAGCAAUUGAGGGUGAAAAGUUAAAUGCUGUAGUAGCUGAAUCCACAAAGAAACUUUUUGAAGAACAGGGAAGAGGAACAGGUGUAGAACUAGGGAAAGGACCAGGGGCAAAUAGUGGAUCAAUUCGUAGUCUGCUUAAAGCAAAUGAUUCAAUGUCAAAGAACAAAGAUCGCCCAAUUGAAGGGAAAGGAGCAAUAGCGAAUGAAAAACAAACUGAUGUUAAACAGCAAAAUUUACAAAGUGCAAAAGAAGGAGUCGUCCCUAAUAGUUCCGCCACAGAAAAGCCAAUAGGAUACGGUGAAAGCGGAGAAAUCAGAAAGGAAAAAGUAACAGCAACUGGUGAAGAAAAAAUACCAGCACCUAUUUCAGGGAAAAUAGGAUCUAAAAUAGGACCUUCUGGUUCAGACCAAAACACAGGUCGUGGUAAGGAAUCAGUAAUCGGACAAAAUGUAAAGCAAGCAGCUCAAUCUAAUCGAAUUCAAAAGGCAACUAAACCUGAUGAUGGCGGGGUAGAUAAAGACAUAAGCAUUAGAGAUCAAGGAGACGGAAAAAAUGGAACUAAUGAAGCCAAGCCUAUAGAGGUUCUUAAGCCAGGAGCUGGCUCUGCUCAAGCGGCCACGGCUGGAUUAUUACAGGGAAUGGGAAUAACUGUAGCUCAAGAAAUGACUGAUAGUCCCAAGCAGGGUGAUACUUCUUCGACACAACAAUUACCAAAGUCUAUGAAAGUUCAUGAACCAAUAAAAUCUACUGGCCAGGGGGCAGUAUUAGGCCCCGGAGCAGUAAAGGAUGGUGUUGCGAAAUCUCGUGCCGAAGUAACUUUACCUGGCGACCAAUCAAAGGAUGUCAGAGGAGUAGGGUUAUCAGGCCAGCGGAAAAGGUCCUCCACGACGGAAGACACUAGAGAAUCCAAAUUGGGGAAUAAAAUUUAUAAAAAUAAAGGGGACAAGAGUUUAACAAGUGACUCGGCGUCUAGCGGUCGGAUAAGCCAUGGCAGUAGUGUGCUUAUAAAAAUAGGUAUAAGUAACAAAAUGGGAAAACGGAUUUCAUCACGAUGCAGAGAUGGUGGCCAAUUUGAUGAUUUUGUGAGGCACACUGUACAAUCAUUGUCAGCAGGUGAUAUUGAUGGUUGCGCACUUGAAAGGGAAUUGCGUAAAAUUCUAGACAUGUUUAUUGAUGAGUGUGGCUUUUGCUUUUGCAAGUGUAAUAUUCCCAAAAGCCGAUUCUAUGCAAUCUGCCAUAAACUUUACCAUAAUGGGCUACACACACUAGAUUUCAGAGAGCUGGCCUACAUGCAUAGGCGGAUAUAUGCUGCAGCGGAAAAUAUCUUACCGGGCUGCUUGUUUAAUAUGAUAGUCAAGGAAAUGACUAGUUUUAGUUGUACGUCCACCGAACACAGACAGUACGAUUCAAGCCCAUUAAAUACCCAAAGUUUACAAAAAUGCUGUAGUUGUAAAACCACAUUUUGUUCCAAUACCAAUGAAGAAAAAUUGUUGCACAAGGUUAUACGUCUGGAAAGUGAUAUUGAGAGCGCAAAGACGUGUCUUAAAAAUCUAAAAAGUAUUCCAUCUCAUCUCUCUAUUCCGAGAUGUAGCUUCAAUUUAGAAGAUUUUUCAGCUAAAUAAAAACUUGAGGAACAUGGGAACAGCAGUAAAAAAAUUAAUAUAUAUUGUGUAAAUUUCGAAUCCUAG